UAGGCAUAAAACAUGAACAAAUUAGGUCUGAUUCACUCUGCGAAAACUGAAAGAAAAUUGGCGUCAGCAGUAUGAGCAACGUAUCAUAUGUUACAACUGUAUUGGUCCAGCACCAAACAUUUAUAUAACGUUAGUGUCAUGAAAAAAUCCAGCAUGCCACAAGCUAACAAUGGCAUUGCAGGUUGAAAACAUGGCAGAGGCUAUGAUUGAGGCUCUUGCAGAGCAGUUGGUUCAAGUUCUCAAGAAGCCAGGAGAAUAUGUGCUUGAAUUUCAAAGUGAGUUCAAUGAUAUGAAGACGCAGCUUGAUCUGAUGAAAUCCUUUCUUGCUGAUGCUUACAAGCUCAAAAGAAAGGAGGAAACUGUCAAGACAACCUUAAGCAUGCUGCGAGAACUGGUUUAUGAUGCGGAGGAAAUAUUGACAGAUUGCCUGCUCAGAGCUGAAUAUCGGAAAGAGGGUUUUCAGUGCUGCAGCAACUUCACCCCACGUGAACUGAUCUUCCAGUAUCGGACAGGAAAGAAGUUGAAAGAUAUCAAUGAAAGAAUUAAGAAGAUGCAGAAGAUCUUGAAAGCCUAUUUCAAGACAAUUGGACAGCAAAGCAUUCAUGAUGACCGCGGCAGCAUAGGAAAGAGGUGGACAUCACCAGUUUAUGAUGAAUCUGCCAUAGUUGGUUUGAUAGAAGAUACAGAAAAGAUAAUAGGCUGGAUUCUUCCUGAAAACAGGAUGUUGCACCAAGUUGGGAUUGUUGAUGGGGGUUUAGGAAAAACCACCGUAUCACAGAAGAUUUUUUACAGUAAACAAGUAGUUGAUCGCUUUGAGAAGAGGAUUUGGGUAUCUAUAUCUCAAACUAUCAAUGAAGAAGAGAUCAUGAAAACUUUGUUGAAACAAUUGGGAGAGGAUGUAAAUGGGCUGGAUAUGGCUCAAAUGCUGCCAAAGAUUAAGCAACUGCUUGAGAAUAAAAACUACCUGAUUGUAAUGGAUGAUGUUUGAAGUGCCGAAGGCUGGUGGGACAGAAUAAGAAAGCUACGCGUUGUUCUGCAAAUUGCAUUUUCAUCAAAAGAGGAAGCAAAACAGCAUCCUGAGUUGGAAGAAGUUGGGAAAGUUAUUGUGAAGAAAUGCCAUGGACUUCCUCUGGCUGUUAAGACCAUCGGAGGCUUACUGAAAUCGAAAGCUCAAUCUACUGAAGUUUGGAGAAGGAUUUGUCACAAUUUCCAUGAUGCAUUAACCGCAAAAGAAAGCGAAAAUUCGGUCAUGGCUUCUUUGCAGUUGAGCUAUGAUGAGCUUCCCAUUCGUAUGAAGCAAUGUCUGUUGUGCUUUUCCCUAUAUCCGGAGGACUCUGAGAUAGGCGCUGAGCAACUAGUUCAUUGGUGGGGAAUAGGAAGGCUCUCGAAUCUUCAAGAGCUAUCUGGAUUCAAGCUAGUGGGUGCCGAUAACAAGGAUGGUUGUCGACUAGCCGAGCUCCAAAAUCUGUUACAACUUAGGGUACUAAGAGUAAAUAUAAGUGAAGAGAGUGAAAUUGCAGAGGAGGAACUAACAGUCCUAACACAUCUUAAGCAACUUAAGGUUUUAUCUAUCAAUUCCGAAGGAUGUGAUAAAGAAGAGAUCUUUCAGAAUCUGGAGAGACUUUCCCCUCCUCCACAUCUGGAAGAGUUGUACCUCAGGCAUUACCGAGGAGUACUUACCCCACAAUGGAUAAACCCCACAUCACUCUGUCAUUUGCAAUAUCUUUGCAUGGAAAAUGGAGACAUCAAGUCCACAAGUCCUGUCUUUGAGGGCACUAAUGGCACCACUUGGAAGGUUGUGGGUUUAUGUUUGAAGUUCCUUCCAAGGUUGCACAUGGAGUGGGAAAUGGUGCAGCGAGUGAUGCCACGGAUAAGGUAUGUGGAGGUUAGCCACUGUUACAUGUUGAAAUCAUUCCCUUGUAACAUAGACAAACUAGGGGUGUGGAGAAAAUGAGGAAGAAAAACUUGGUGAUUGUAAGAUUGAAGCUAGAAGGAGCAGAGCUUCAGCAUCAAAUAAUCAGCAGAAGCCAAGACUCCAAGAUAAUGUUUUUCUUGACAUUCUUGUAUCUAAGAUAAGAUGUCCACUGCAUAUAUCACAGUCCUAAACUGUCUGUCAAAUAUUUCUAGUUUCUCU